AAGCUUUACUUGUGAUACUUCCAAACAAACCCUUACCCGGUACCCCCCUGAACCCUUAAAUUGCAAAACUCCAUCCAUAUAAAGUCCACAUCUUCUCCUUUCACAAGCUUUUCUAUCCUUCACAUCGUGACUCGAUAAAACGUAUUUUUUGUUUUCUUUAGCCUGUCAGUCAACAUCCCAAACACAUGGAUGCCAUUCCAAUCUGCCCUGAAUCCUACAAACUAGGCUUUAUCGGAGCUGGUAAAAUGGCUGAGAGUAUUGCCACAGGAGUGGUAAAAUCUGGUGUGCUGCCUCCCCAACGUAUCUGCACUGCCGUUCAUACAAAUCCCAAUCGCCGAAUUGCUUUUGAAUCGUUUGGUGUCGCCGUACACUCUAACAAUAGUGCCGUGGUUGAAGCCAGCGACGUGGUGGUUUUCUCGGUGAAACCGCAAGUAGUUCAAGAUGUAGUGUUGCAAUUGAAGCCGAUGCUUUCUCAGAAGAAGCUUUUGGUUUCAGUUGUUGCGGGAGUAAAAUUGAAGGACCUACAGGAAUGGGCGGGUCACAGCCGGUUUAUUAGGGUGGUGCCCAACACACCUUCAGCUGUUGGUGAGGCAGCAACAGUUAUGACCUUGGGAGGAGCUGCUACAGAAGAUGAUGGGGACCUAAUUUAUAAACUGUUUCAAUCAGUUGGCAAGAUUUGGCGGGCUGAUGAGAAAUUGUUUGAUGCAAUCACUGCUGUGAGUGGCAGCGGUCCAGCAUAUAUUUUCUUGGCAAUUGAAGCUCUAGCUGAUGGUGGAGUGGCUGCAGGUCUACCACGAGAACUUGCGCUAGGUCUAGCGUCACAAACUGUAUUGGGAGCAGCAUCAAUGGUGGUUAAAUCUGGGAAACAUCCAGGUCAGCUUAAAGAUGAUGUUGCUUCACCUGGUGGGACUACUAUUGCUGGUGUUCAUGAAUUGGAGAAAGGUGGGUUCCGUGGGAUUUUAAUGAAUGCUGUUGUUGCUGCUGCUAAGCGGAGCCGAGAGCUGUCCUAGAGCUGCCUGAAUUCAUGGUGAUUUUAUCUCUUUAUUCAUAGUUCAAAAUUUUGACAAUUUUCUUAAGUUUUUUUCGUAUAACUCUCAGAGAGAAUAAAUUAAGAUACUCCAUGGAUUUCUGUAAUCCGAAAUGAAAGGGCUUUUUAAGGUAUUAAAAAAUAGAUUAUUUUGUUUUUUUGGUCUA